GUGGCCGAGAGCGUGGAAGCGGCAGAUGACUUACAAACAUGGGCAGUCUGUGGUCGCACAGGCAGGGGCAGUGGGAGUGAUGCAGACAUGGACGCUCCUGGAGGAGGUGUGGGGCAUGAAGAGCAAAGAGGGCUCUGGCGUGAAGACCAACUAUGGCGUCCAGGUAAGAUCUCCGCCGACACAGGCCGCUGACGUGAAGACCAGCUAUGAUGCCCAGGUAAGAUAUCCACUGAUGCAGGACACCGGGGCACUGCCACGACGCAGUGCCAGGCUUGCAGUUCGUACCCGCCCUGCGGUACCUCCAAGACCCAAGCGACUCAACAAGCGGAAGACUCCAGCAGCAUCAAGUACAGCAAUAAAGGUACCGGUUACCACCGGAGUUCUUCCCGCAUGCCCGGUCCAAGGGGCCGGCGAUCCGUUGGCAGCUUACCUUCAACGGGUACAGGCAUUCACUGAUGUCGUAGCUUCCGCCAAGGCACAAGAGGAAGCAGCAGAGGCGGAACGUCAACGGCUGGCCAGUGAGGCGGCAGCCCAAGCUCAGCAGACUGCUGAGGCUGACGCCGUGGUGCGAGAUAAGCGGAACGCCAUUUGCAUGGAGUCCUUGACUAUGAAUGAGACCUUAACAGCUGCUGUUCGCGCCGCCGCCACACAUCAGAAACAACUGUUGAACACCACCACCGCACGCAUCAACAACAUCGAGGCUAAGGCCUCAGCAGCGCCAGGCUGCACGACAGACGAGGUGAGGCAGCUCAAUGGGCGCAUCUAUCAUGUCGUCAAUCUAAUCCGCGACAUAGGUGUUUUCAAUGGGCCGGACACGAUCAGUAGCACGGUAGCCGCCAUCAAGACGGACAUCACCAAGCUGCAGACGAGACCGGACGUCGCUACGAAGACUUACAAGAUGCUGCACUUCGACAUCAGCAAGUUCGACGACUACAACAAGCCGGACGCCUUGACAUGGUGGCAACGUUUCCUCACGGAAGCAUCAUGCCGCACUGUCCCGGCGGACGACAUGAUGAAGGCGCUCUACUUGCAACUCAUUGGAGGAGCGCAGGCAUGGAUGAACCAUCUGGCGGCUACCAACAAAUGCACCAUCGCCGAACUCCACACGCAUAUCACGUGGAAAGAGUUCGAGAAGCUAUGGUUCACCCAGUUCAUGGUCCGCAACGUCGUGAAGGCGGCCAUGAACGAGGUGUACACCUGCUCUCAAAGGAAUAUGCCAACUCGAGACUGGACAACCAAGUGGCAAAAGAUAGUGACCACGCCAGGCUUCGAUUUGAGCUUUACCAAUCAACGAUCCGAGUUCUUCUCGCGAUCAUGCGCAGGACUGCGAACCGCACUCGGUAACGAGUACGAUUACGCCUCAUUCCAGGCUAUCCUGGAUCGUGCGAACUUGGUCAUCCAAACUGAUGACAAGGCCGCAAACGAACGGCAGUCCCAGCCGCAUUAUGUGGCUAAGCCGGCCUAUCAACGACCAGCACAUAACAAUGCUGUGAUUUAUGAAGAAACAGUCGAUCUCCACGCUGCAGCAGCAUCCUCKAGUGAUGGAGGAAUUGUAGCAGCGCUCCCGCCGAAGCGUCCCAAGAGAGUUCGGAAGAACAAGGCGACACAAGAGACGGCAUCGACGGGAAUUGGGCAGCAGCCAUGGACGACAUACAAGAUCACCAAGGAAAUCUACGACCUUCGUCAAAAGUACUUUGGUGCAAUGGGGUACAUCGAAGACGAAGCUGGAGCUAUGGCGCCACAGAUCAUCGGCACGAAUGGGACAUGGCAUGCGACGCCUGUUGGCUUGCUGUUGCAUGGGAACUUGAGCCUUUUGCAUGUUCUCGUGGGCUUGAGCCAACAAUUCCCUGUACUUCCGAAUAGAAGCGGGGUAGCAAGCAGCGUCUAUGUCGGCUGUUCGUGGAAGGAGAAGAUCAACGAAGAUACGGCCUUUCCGGCCACCGCGGUGCAACUCGAAUGGAGUCACACCGAUCGCCGGGUGCAACGAAGUGUUGUAGGCGAACUCGAUGUCGGGGAGGUGGGCAACCCAAUCUUUCUGAUCGGGACGGAUGAGCGUACAAAGGAUCAUUUGAGCGGUUUGAUAUCCCCGCUCCGUUUGCCCGUCCGUUUGUGGAUGUCAAGUCGAACUUGGUUUCAUCUUCGUGCCGGAUUCGUGCAUGAGAGAAGUCCAAAAUGCCGACAUGAAGCGAGUGUCGCGGUCCUUGACGAUGUCUUCCGGUACGUCGUGGCUGCAAAUCCAGCCGGUGUGCAAGAGACGCGCAAGUUCGGGAGCCGUGGCGUAGUACUUGCAAGGGAGAAACCGCGCAUACUUACUCAAACGGUCAACGACCGUGAGGAUGUCGUCGUGCCCGAGGCGGUCGCGGGGAAACGGUCCCGUGACGUCCAUGGCAAUGGAGAGGCCGGGUUCCCGUGGGAUAGGCAUCGGGCACAACUCGCCAUAGGGAUUGCGGUUGCGGGGCUUGCUUCGUCUGCAAACUUCGCAAGAGUCGCAAUACCGAGUGACUUCGGUAAUGAGGUCGGGUCAUCGGAAUCGUUGCCGAAGUCGUGCAAUAGUGCGAUUGACUCCGAAAUGGGCGGCGAGUCGCGAGUCAUGGUACUCGCCGAGAAGGCGAGUCCGAAGACGACGGUCUCGUGGGACACAUAAUAAGUCCUUGCCUUGCGAGUGGAGGAGCAAGUACCCGUCGACGAUGCGAUAGUGGCUGGCCGGCGGGUGAUCCGAAGAUAGUGGCGCAUACAACAUGGCGAAAUCCGGGUCGGACUCAUAGCCCCGGAUGAAG